AUGGUAAUCAACAUGAACGCCACAUCCACCAAGUUCAGCGACAACUAUGAAGUUAAGGAGGAGCUGGGAAAGUAAGUGCGAGGGUGUGGAAAUGUUAAAUUCGUGUUUGCUAAUAUAUGUACGUAUUGUCUGUUGCAGGGGUGCCUUUUCCGUUGUGCGAAGAUGCGUUCAGAAGUCCACUAAUAUGGAAUUUGCCGCCAAGAUCAUCAACACUCGCAAAUUGAACAGCAGAGGUAGGACAAAAUAUGUGAUGACAUCUCUUUUCGUGCAGAUUUCCAGAAAUUGGAACGCGAAGCGAGGAUAUGCCGGCGUUUAAAGCAUCCCAACAUUGUCCGUCUACACGAUAAUAUCCAGGAAGAGGGCUUCCAUUAUCUUGUUUUUGAUCUGUAAGUGCUCCAAUAUUUAAUAUUGCGUUGUCCCCAAAUUUCAGCGUCACGGGUGGUGAACUGUUCGAAGACAUUGUCAGGCGAGAAUUCUAUUCGGAAUCAGACGCCAGUCAUUGCAUCCAACAGAUCCUCGAGUCCAUCGCUUACUGUCAUUCCAAUGGCGUUGUCCAUCGUGAUCUGAAGCCAGAGAAUCUUUUGUUGGCCAGUAGGGCCAAGGGUGCUGCCGUUAAAUUGGCCGACUUUGGCUUGGCCAUCGAGCUUCAGAACGAUCAAGAAGCCUGGUAUGGAUUUGCAGGAACUCCGGGCUACUUAUCGCCUGAGGUUUUGAACAAAGAUCCCUAUGGGAAACCGGUCGAUAUCUGGGCGUGUGGUAAGAUGCUUGGCCAAGUUUACAAAUAUGCCUCGCUUCCUCGUUCUUCGUCAUUAAAGAAGCCUUUUUUAGGUGUAAUCCUUUACAUCCUUCUUGUUGGAUAUCCACCGUUUUGGGAUGAUGAACAGAACAAGUUGUACAGUCAGAUCAAGAAUGGUGCUUAUGACUAUCCAAGCCCUGAAUGGGAUACCGUAACACCCGAGGCAAAGGGUCUGAUCGAUAGUAUGCUCACUCUGAACCCCAAGAAGAGAAUAACCGCAGAUGAGGCCCUCAAAGUCCCAUGGAUCUGCGUAUGUUGCACUUGGAUAGAGCAACUUUUAUGUGAUCAACAUAUAUAAUCAUGAAUAUUUCAGAACCGUGAACGUGUCGCGUCGAUGGUGCAUCGUCAGGAGACCGUGGAAUGCUUGCGUCAAUUCAACGCUCGUCGCAAACUGAAGGUGAGUGGCAUCUUCCUCUCUCCCUCCUCGUCUUAUAUUCAUGCCGUUAUGACAUGGUAGACUUGAUUAUCUCCUCCGGUCUCUCACCUAUGUUGCCGUGUUGUUUCUUCCCCACUGGUGUUUGUAAAUGUUGUUUCGUCUUUCGAGUACCACUUAUUUCUUGGUCGUGAUGUGUGUGCCAAUGGGAUUUCGGAAGCUUUUUUAAUGUUUUUCGUCGAUACGAUUAUUGGCUAUCGUCAAAUUCUUGUUUAAACGUGUUCUUGGAGAAUUUUCCGAGGACAUUUGAAGGGCAACUCCUUGUACCCGGAAGCCAACACACCUCCGUCCAUCUGACACUUGCCGAUCUUGUGGCGCUUGAGUCCCCUAGUGUCCCGUCAUUGGUUGAUUCAUCCCUUCCAUGUAGUCAAUAUUAAUUUUCCGGGCUUCUGCCUUGUUUGAUUGUCCCGGCUUCAAGGCUUCAUCGCCCCAGGGCUUCUUCCCCCGGCUGUUUCCUGAGAUUCCCCGAGGGUCUUCUUCUCGACUGUCUCCCCUCAUCUCCCACUUCCAUCUUCACACCUCUGUGGUUGUGUUGUUGUUGUUUAUUUUUUUGAUGUUGUUUCGUUUUUUCAUUUGGUAUAGGCGGCCAUCUCGGCUGUGACGGUGAUCAACAGGAUGAGCAGCGCCUUCCGGAGUGCCCAGACGAACAGUGCGGAUUCGGGUUCGUCGUCGGCGUCGUCCCCUCCCUCCACCACGCCCAAGAAACGCGCUGUGCCCGCGCACUCGGAGCCCCAGCCAACGGUCGUGCACGUUGAAUCGACGACAUCGGUGCAGCCCUCGAAAGCGCUGACUCCCGAGGUAGUUGUUGUAGCUGGUAUAACCGUUGUGCUUCUGUUGUUCGCUUACACAUUUCCCAGCUUUGCACUCCUUUUGUGCCUUUAUUUAACGGCGAGGGCAUUGAGGUUUCGUUGAAGAUGCCACAUCCAAAAAUCGGAAACCUCACGGUCCUCAACGACCUUUUGAUUCCGCUUCGCUCGUCUCGCCUUUUCCGAAGGGAUGGAGGUUACCGUAUUUUAAUUUCAGGGCGCUAUCCUCACCACCAUGAUCGCCACUCGCAAUCUGUCCAGUAAGUGUUUGUUUUCGAUUAUAUUGAUGAGAUUUCAUUUGUCAAUCUCAAUCAGAGUCUGGUAA